AUGCCUAAAUCCCGGGGUAAUCUGACCAAACACCUGGAGGCUGGGCAAGAAGAGAUCCAUCGUCCGUUCCCCUCUAAAUUGAUCGACUUGACAUACCUAACCACACAUCUCCAGAGCCGAUUUCAAGCCAUGACGCCAACAUCGGCCGAUGAAAACAAUGCAGCUAAUAGGCGAGCCAAGAAGAGGGAGCUGGAUCGUCGAGCUCAGCGAGCUGCUCGAGAGCGCAACCGGAAUCGGAUUGCUCACCUGGAAGAGACAAUUGAAGCCAUGAAAGCACACGAUUCCACUAACAAGGCGGCUGAUUUGAUGGAUCAACUGGCUCAAGUCAAGUUGGAGCGCGAUCGAUUGGUUGAGACACUGCAGUCCAUUAGCGAUCUGGCUGGACGUCAUGGAUGUUCGCUCCCAAAGGCAGCGGAACCUGCUCAGCUUGGAGGGAGCCAGAGUGGCCAACAGGCUCUGGGAGAAGCAAGAGUCGCUUCGCCCAUACCAUCAACGGAAUCCUUUGUAGAAGGCCUUGCGAUAGACUCAAACCUGGAUCUUCAAUCGAUCGCUAGCCCUCUGCCGGAUGCUGGCCAAUCUAGGACUCAACCUGUUAUUGGAGCAAACGACCAACUUGACUUGGAUUCCGAAGCUUUGCCCAUAUUUUCUGUAUCGGACGGCCUUAUCUUACCGGAGCCCUUGGGGGUCUGCGAUUGUAUUCUACCUCCGGCGCCCGUCAGUGUCACUGGUUCAUCUGACACAACUGAUUCAAGCAUCUGGAAGAGUGCCAAUCAAAUUCUCGGUCUGAAUCCUUCCUUAACACAGAGUACGCUUCGGAUAGAGGAUAAAACAUCCGAAGACUUGCCCGUCCGCGCCAUCUUGCGGGGAUGGCAUUCGUUCGAUAGCGGAGACUUACCACCUCUGUGGCAAAUGCUGCGACAAACUGACACCCUCCAAUUCAAAGGGUGUAGAGAUGUGGAAAGAUUGGCAAUCAUGGUUAUGAUGCAUCGCAUCCUCCGGUGUCAAGCUGAUACCUCCAACGAACGGUGGAAAAAGCUGCCACCGUGGCUGCAAGGCAGGUAG